AUGAGAGUUUUCAACUUGCUGCUGAUUGGAGUUUUGAUUGCGUUGUGUGCCAGCGCGGAAUCGGUGAGUGCUCACCCUCCUAAGGACGAGCCCAGGCCCGAGCCAUGUGACACCACGACGAGGCCACCCUGUGAACGGGCGACGACAACAACCACCCUCGAUCCACCCUGUAAAAGAACUACCACAACGGAAACGCCAUGCACCACAACUAAGGAAACACCCCCCUGUGCACGAUCAACUACAACAACGACACCCUCUGAACCAACAACCACCACAACGACAACACCCUGUGACACAACGACAACAACUACUACAACGACAACAACAACCACAACAACUACGACGACAACCACAACAACGACGCCUACCACAACAACCACAACAACUACUACGACAACAACUACGACGACAACCACUACUACACCAACGACGACAACAACCACUACAAUAACAGCAACACCCUGCGAGCCAACCACCACAACAACGACAACAACUACUACGACAACCACAACGACCACUACCACAGAAAGUACCUGUGACACAGCCACAACAACGACGACAACCACAACAACAACAACUACAACGAUAACCACUACUACAACAACAACGACAACAACAACAACAACAACAACAACGACGACAACAACAACAACAACGACGACAACAACGACGACAACAACGCCCUGUGACACAACCCCCACCACAACGACAACAACGACAACUACUACGACGACAACCACAACAACGACGACAACGACAACCACUACAACAAGACCCUGUGACGCACCCACAACAACAACAACCACUACUACACCAACAACGACAACAACAACGACGACGACAACAACUACGACAACAACAACUACUACGCCAACAACGACAACGACAACAACAACCACAACUACAUCAACACCCUGUGACACACCCACAACAACAACAACCACUACUACACCAACAACGACAACAACAACGACGACAACAACCACUACAACAACGACAACGACAACUACGACAACAACAACAGCUACGACAACAACAACUACUACACCAACAACGACAACAACAACGACGACAACAACCACUACAACAACGACAACUACGACAACAACAACAGCUACGACAACAACAACUACUACACCAACAACGACAACGACAACAACAACCACAACUACAGCAACACCCUGUGACACACCCACAACAACAACACCUACGACAACAACCACUACUACACCAACAACGACAACUACAACGACGACAACCACAACAACCACUACCACAGAAUGUACCUGUGACACAGCCACAACAACGACGACAGCCACAACAACGUCGACAACCACAACCACAACAACAACAACUACAACGACAACCACUACUACAACAACAACGACGACAACAACGCCCUGUGACACAACCCCCACCACAACGACAACAACGCCCUGCGACACAACCCCCACCACAACGACAACAACGACAACUACUACGGCGACAACCACAACAACGACGACAGCGACAACCACUACAACAACACCCUGUGACACACCCACAACAACAACACCUCCGACAACAACCACUACUACACCAAGAACGACACCAACAACGACAACAACCACUACAACAACGACAACGACAACAACAACCACAGCUACAACACCAUCCUGUGACACACCCACAACAACAACCACUACUACACCAACAACGACAACAACAACGACGACAACAACCACUACAACAACGACAACGACAACUACGACAACAACAACAACUACGACAACAACAACUACUACACCAACAACGACAACGACAACAACAACCACAACUACAACAACACCCUGUGACACACCCACAACAACAACACCUACGACAACAACCACUACAACACCAACAACGACAACGACAACUACGACAACAACAACAACUACGACAACAACAACUACUACACCAACAACGACAACGACAACAACAGCCACAACUACAACAACACCCUGUGACACACCCACAACAACAACGCCUACGACAACAACCACUACAACACCAACAACGACAACAACACCUACGACAACAACCACUACAACAACGACAACUACGACAACAACACCUACGACAACAACAACUACUACACCAACAACGACAACGACAACAGCAACCACAACUACAACAACACCGACAACAACUACGACGACAACCACUACUACAACAACGACGGCAACAACCACUACAACAACAACAACUACGACGACAACCACUACAACAACACCCUGUGACACAACGCCAACAACAACAGCUACGACGCCAACCACUACUACCACAACGACGACAUCAACCACUACAACAACAGCCUGUGACACAACAACGACUACAACA